AUGCUGGGAGAUGCAGUUCUCAGUUCUUCCUCCAUGUUAAGAAAAAGAAGUGAAAGAGAGGAAAAAGGGAGUGCAGCUGAAACUGUAACCAAAGGAGGUAUUAUGCUUCCAGAAAAAUCUCAAGGAAAAGUGUUGCAAGCAACAGUAGUAGCUGUUGGAUCAGGCUCUAAAGGAAAGGGUGAAGAGAUUGAACCAGUUAGUGUGAAAGUUGGAGAUAAAGUUCUUCUCCCAGAAUAUGGAGACACCAAAGUAGUUCUAGAUGACAAGGAUUCUUUCUUACUUAGAGAUGGUGACAUUCUCGGAUAG